AUGGGUAUCCCGGCGGCUUUCCGAUGGCUUUCAAACAAGUAUCCCAAGAUCAUUUCUCCAGUCAUCGAGGAGCAACCCGUAAAGAUGGAGGAUGGGUCAGAAAUCCCCGUUGACACGACCGGGCCUAACCCGAAUGGCGAGGAGCUCGACAACUUGUAUCUCGACAUGAACGGUAUCGUACACCCAUGUUCUCAUCCCGAGGAUCGCCCUGCUCCCAAGGAUGAGGAGGAGAUGAUGCUUGAAGUCUUCAGGUACACAGAUCGUGUUGUCAACAUGGUCAGGCCGCGGAAGCUGCUAAUGAUUGCUGUUGACGGCGUCGCGCCACGUGCCAAGAUGAACCAACAACGAUCUCGUCGCUUCCGGUCCGCGCAGGAAGCUCAGGAAAAGGAGGAGGAUAAGCAAGAGCUUCUGAAAUUGUUGAAGCAGCAAAAUGGCGGUGCUAUACCCGAUGACACGCUCGAGGGCGUCGCCAAGAAGGCUUUUGACUCCAAUUCCAUUACUCCCGGCACUCCGUUUAUGGAUACUCUGGCCUCGAGCUUGAGAUACUGGUGCGCGUAUAAACUGAACACAGAUCCGGCCUGGGCAAAACUCAAGAUCAUCAUUUCCGAUGCGACAGUUCCUGGUGAGGGAGAGCACAAGAUCAUGUCUUUUGUGCGAUCUCAGCGCAUCUCUCCGGACUACGAUCCGAAUACCCGACACGUCAUUUACGGCCUCGACGCUGACUUGAUAAUGCUUGGCCUCGCGACUCACGAGCCUCACUUUCGAGUUCUACGUGAGGAUGUCUUCUUCCAAGACAGCAAGGCCAAGAUGUGCAAGCUCUGUGGACAAAAGGGCCACGAGGCUCGCGCUUGUCGUGGGCAGGCUAAAGAGAAGGCUGGCGAAUUUGACGAGCAGGAUAAGAGCCCUGCUUUGAAACCAUUCAUCUGGCUUCACGUCCCCAUCCUGCGGGAAUACUUGGCCGUAGAGCUCAAUGUCCCAGGUCUACCCUUCCGCUUCGAUCUGGAGAGGGCCCUCGAUGACUGGGUUUUCAUGUGCUGCUUCGUUGGCAACGACUUUUUGCCUCACUUACCGGCCCUAGAGAUCCGGGAGAACGGAAUCGACACAUUGACAGCGAUUUGGAAAGACAACUUGCCGUUCAUGGGUGGCUAUGUCACAAAGGACGGUCACGUCGACUUGGGUCGGGCGCAGUACAUUCUCAAUGGCCUAGCCAAGCAAGAGGAUGCGAUCUUCAAGAGGCGAAAGGAGACUGAAGAUCGCAGAGAGGCCAGUUUCAAACGGAGAAAGCUUCAAGAAGAACAGCGUAACCCAAAGUUUGCUAAACCGAAGCAGGUCGACGAUGCAUCUGCAGGCUUGAGCUUAUUCGCGGUCGCAGGAGGCGCAAACGGCAUCACCCACGAUAAAGUGGUUGGUCGCUCUUCGAACAUGAAUACCAAUACCGCCAACAAGAGUGCUGCAAGCGCUAUACGAGAUCAACUCAAAGGGUUGAUGUCCAAGAAUGAGCCUGGUCAGGAAGAUGACGCCGCGAAGGCCACUAAGGAAGAGGUCCUCAACCCGCCGGAUCAAAAUUCCGUACUCGGCAAACGCAAAGCCAACGAUGAUGCGGCGCCCCAGGCCGGUUCCGCUCCGGCAAGCGCAAAAGGCCCCAGCACGUCAUCCGCUGCCGAGGAGGCCGCCGUGGAUCAUGUUAGAAUGUGGGAAGAGGGCUACGCCGAUCGAUACUACGAACAAAAGUUUCAUGUUGAUCGGAGCGACAACGAUUUCCGGCACAAGGUUGCGCAGGCUUACGUGGAGGGCCUAUCCUGGGUUUUGCUGUACUACUUUCAGGGCUGUCCCUCAUGGGAAUGGUACUAUCCGUACCAUUACGCGCCGUUUGCUGCCGACUUUGUGGAUCUUGAGAAGAUGAACGUUCAUUUCGAAAAGGGUCGUAUUUCAAAGCCAUUCGAGCAGUUGAUGAGUGUACUGCCUGCAGCUUCUCGCCAUGCGUUACCCGAAGUCUUCCACGAUCUCAUGCUGAAUGAGGAUAGCGAUGUCAUCGACUUUUACCCUUCAGAUUUCGAAAUUGAUCUGAACGGAAAGAAGAUGGCGUGGCAGGGUGUAGCGCUGUUGCCGUUUAUUGAGAUGCCAAGGUUGCUAGCCGCCAUCGAGACGAAGUAUCCCCUCCUGAGCGAAGCAGAUCAGGCACGGAAUAGUGUCGGAAGAGAUGUGCUGCUCUUGUCAGAUGCUCACCACGAAUUGUACGAUGAGAUCACUACCAGCUUCUACUCCAAGAAACAGGGUGCGCCGACGCUCAAGCUCAGUCCGCGCACCAGCGAUGGGCUGGCUGGCAACAUUGAAAAGAUUCCCGAAUAUCUGCCUCACGGGGAAUUGUUAUAUCCCUUGGAGCGAGGAGGAAUGCCCAACCUCGACUACGACAGGUCUCUAAGGGUCUGGUACACGUUCCCGGAAAGUUCGCACCCUCACAAGUCGAUGCUGCUGCGUGGUGCCAAGCCUCCGGCUCCAGCCCUAGAUCGCAACGACAUUGAGACCCUAAAAGGGAAGUCAUCCCGAGGCGGGCGUAGCUAUGGGGGAGACGCCAAGACCGGGGACCGCCCUCGCACGGGAGUAACGGUGGCUAUGGACGGCAAGCAUUCCAGCCAUCAGGGCCACCACACAUCCAGUCAUCGUGGCAACCUCCUCCUCCAGGGCACCCUGGGUUCGGUAUGGGCCUGCCGCCGCCGCCGCCGCCGCCGCCGGGGUAUGGAAACGAUGGACGAGUAUCCAACGGUUCCUAUCGCGGAGGAGGCUAUCACCAGCAACAAAAUUACGGGCCACCGCCGCCAGGGCCACAUUCGCAAUAUGGCUAUCCCGAUGGAGGUCGCCAAGGAGGUCGCGGCAGCUACCAGGGUCGUGGAGGCCAUAGUGGUGGACGCGGUGGCGGCGGUGGUAGAUAUGGCAGUGGACGCCACAAUUACUGAUAUUCGGACAGUCGACGUUGUGCGAAGUUGA